UACCGCCGUACCGAACUACACCAAUGAAUGCGACAAAGCCCGCGUCCUUAUCCUAUCCAAUAUCCAUGUCUCAAUUUUGUUCCGCGAAGGUAACGAUGAGUAAAUGAUCGAGAUACAAAGUAACAUUCCGUCGCCAACUGAACAACGUGCAGUGCCUUCGGAAAAGAAAACAUUAAAAUAAUGUCAUCGGUGAAGCAAAUCGGAGUAGUGGGCGGCGGGCAGAUGGGUUCGGGAAUAGCGCAAGUGGCUGCUAUGAAUGGCAUACACGUCUGCCUCUUCGAUGUCGAUCCUCCUGCUCUUUCCAAAGCCUCUGCUUCCGUCUCUGCCUCCAUCGCUCGUUUGGUUUCCAAAGCUCAACUCUCUCAGUCUGAAGGUGCAGAUGCUUUGCAAAGGGUGCGGUUUACAUCAAAUUUGGAAGACUUCCAUCAGGCUGAUUUUAUCAUAGAAGCCAUUGUGGAAUCUGAAGAUAUAAAGAAAAGAUUAUUACUUCAAUUAGAAAAGAUUGCCAAGAGUUCUGCAAUUUUCGCGUCCAACACAAGUUCCAUUUCCAUAACUCGCCUAGCAGCUGCAACCAGCAGGCCACAUCAGGUGAUAGGAAUGCAUUUUUUCAAUCCUCCUCCUGUGAUGAAAUUGAUUGAGAUUGUGCGAGGUGCACAAACUUCGGAUGAGACAUUCGCAGCUACAAAAGCAUUGUCAGAAAGGCUCGGCAAGAAAGUAAUAACCUCCCGGGACUUCUCAGGAUUCAUUGUAAACCGUAUCCUUAUGCCUAUGAUAAAUGAAGCGUUUUUCGCCCUCUACACUGGCGUCGCAACCAAAGAGGACAUUGACACUGGAAUGAAGCUAGGCACUAACCAUCCAAUGGGUCCUUUACAACUUGCAGACUUCAUUGGGUUGGACGUGUGCUUGUCAAUAAUGAAGGUUCUUCAUGCUGGCCUUGGUGAAAACAAAUAUGCUCCAUGCCCUCUUCUUGUGCAGUAUGUCGAUGCUGGCCGACUUGGAAAGAAACAAGGUAUAGGGAAGAAUAAGUUUGCUGGUGAAGGGGGAAUAAAGAAGUGUGGCCUCGCCUAUUUUGUACUGGUAUCUUUUGGGGCAUGCUCCCAAGUGCAGAGUAACCACCUUCCAGCUACCUUUAAAACUGUUCUGAAGCUGUCGUUGCCACCGUCCACUGUCGUUCAAUUUGACCAACGACCAAACCAUGAACUUCUCCUUGUCCAAAGAUGUCCCAGCAUGACAAUAGUGUCGAUAAUCCACGUGCUGCUUCUCCACUAUGACGCAAGUAGCUUUGUCUCCGAGUUUUCAGUACUUGCCCAAGAGUUCUAA